AUCUCUUCACUUCUCCUUUUACACAAAUAGACAUAGACUUCUGGCUUACAGGCUGUGCUGGCCACCUAAAAGAUAAUCAGUGAAUUCUACCUGAAGAACUGAGGGACUCUGCCUUCAAAAGGGCAUACUAUCACAGCAUGGGUAUGAGCAGCCUGAAAUUGCUGAAAUAUGUUCUGUUUUUCUUUAACUUGCUUUUUUGGGUCUGUGGCUGUUGCAUUUUGGGCUUUGGGAUCCACUUCCUGGUCCAAAAUACCUAUGGAGUACUCUUCCGUAACCUCCCCUUCCUGACACUUGGCAACGUCCUGGUCAUUGUGGGCUCCAUUAUCAUGGUAGUUGCCUUCUUGGGUUGCAUGGGCUCAAUCAAGGAGAAUAAAUGCCUGCUUAUGUCGUUCUUUGUUCUGCUGCUGAUUAUUCUCCUUGCUGAGGUGACCUUAGCCAUCCUGAUGUUUGUGUAUGAACAAAAGCUCAACACAUUAGUGUCUGAGGGUCUGAAUGACAGCAUUCAACAUUAUCACUCUGACAACAGCACCAUGAUGGCAUGGGACUUCAUCCAGUCACAACUGCAGUGUUGUGGUGUAAAUGGCUCAAGUGAUUGGACCAGUGGUCCACCAUCUUCGUGCCCAUCAGGUGCAGAUGUUCAGGGUUGCUAUAAUAAAGCACAAUCGUGGUUUCACUCCAAUUUCUUGUAUAUUGGAAUCAUUACCAUCUGUGUAUGUGUGAUACAGGUGCUGGGGAUGUCCUUUGCACUGACACUGAACUGCCAGAUUGACAAAACCAGCCAAGCUUUAGGGCUGUGACUUGCACCUACCCCCUGCUUAAGUGACUUAUUUCUCUCUAGAAAGCCAAACUCCCAUUCUGGGAGGACUUAAACAAUUACCUGCCUGACUGGCAUUUUGGCUUCCUCUUAUUCCUUUUUUAUUGGAUCUCUGCCUUAUAUACAUCCAGGGAAGAGAAUAUUCGUCAUGAAUUUCCCUUUUCAAGCAGAAGACAAACAUUAACCAACUGAUAGCAGUAACCAUAUCCCUUAAAGAUGGUGAAACAUACCUGGGUGACUUUCUUUUUAAGAGACACUGUAGCACUGGUGGUUUGAGAUCCACUGCUAGCUGCUGGUAUGGAUAUAUCUCUGAGUACUGUCCUAGCACAUGUGAACCCUUGAGUUUAGCCCCAAGUACUAUAAAAAAGAGGUCCAAGUUUAAAUGUUAGACUCCUAACAAUUGUCAAAUCAAUCUCUAGCCUCUAAAUAUUGCUAUGUUCACUCUACAAAGUCACUUAAGAGACAAGCUGAAGGAAAAACUGGAGUCCUAUUUAUUAGAUAAUUGACACACCCAGUUCCCUUUUGAGCACAAUCCUUGGUAAUAGGAAUCAUACAAAGAUCUUUUAUCUCUGGAAAAUGUCUUAUUGAUUUUGUUCCAUCCAUCCAUUCAUCCAUCCAUCCAUCCAUCUAGAAAAGUCUAGUUAUUCACAUCCUAUCAUCAACCAAUCUGGUGGCCUUGAAUGACAUUGUCAUAGAACAACCCAGAAGUAUUAAUAUCUCUGGUGUGUUAGCUGAUAAUCAUAUCCAUGUUUAUGUUGUUAUUUCUCUAUUAAAUAUGGUUCUGUUAAUUUACCAUUUUAACCUGUUAAUAAAUAAAAUAGUUUAUGAUCACUA